CAUCUUCGACGCAGCCCCUGGAAGCAACGUGCCUUUCCCGGUAUUCCCCCAGAGUGGGCACGCUCCCGGCGCGCGGGGCAGGCCGGGAGUUGUAGUCUCCGAGGACACAGCCGGCGAGCGUCUCCGGAAGUGGAGGCGUGAGAGACCGGGCUGAGCCUGCUCGGGCUAGCGGGCUUCCCGGUUUGUGCGCGGCUCUGUACCCGAGGCCGGUCAUGAACGGGCCGGCGGACGGCGAGGUGGACUACAAGAAGAAAUACCGCAACCUGAAGCGGAAGCUCAAGUUCCUCAUCUACGUUCCAGCCCGGGCUACGGAGGGCGGCUGGCUCAGCGCCCGCUUGCCCCUAAUGCAGGAACACGAGUGCUUCCAGGAGGAGCUGCGGAAGGCGCAGAGGAAACUGCUGAAGGUGUCCCGGGACAAGAGUUUCCUGCUGGACCGACUUCUGCAGUAUGAGAAUGUGGACGAAGACUCUUCGGACUCAGAUGCCACUGCUUCUUCAGAUAACAGCGAGCCAGAAGGGACACCCAAGUUGCCAGACACCCCAGCCCCCAAGAGGAAGAGAAGCCCUCCGCUAGGGGGCGCACCCUCCCCCUCCAGCCUCUCCCUGCCUCCUUCAACGGGGUUUCCCCUGCAGGCCUCCGGUGCCCCCUCCCCAUACCUGAGUUCGCUGGCGUCCCCCCCCUACCCCCCAUUUCCUUCUGACUACCUGGCCCUGCAGCUGCCUGAGCCCAGCCCCCUGAGGCCCAAGCGGGAGAAACGGCCCCGCCUGCCCCGGAAACUCAAGAUGGCCGUGGGACCUCCCGACUGCCCCGUGGGGGGCCCGCUGACCUUCCCAGCCCGGGGUUCUGGGGCCGGGGUGGGGGCCACCCUGACGCCCCUGCCCCCUCCCAAGAUGCCUCCCCCCACGAUCCUGAGCUCCGUCCCACGGCAAAUGUUCAGCGACGCGGGCAGCGGGGACGACGCGCUGGACGGGGACGACGACCUGGUGAUCGACAUCCCAGAGUGAGCAAGCCCACUGCCAGCCGCCAGCUUCCGCAGAGACGUUUAUUGACGCCCGGUGCCAUGCCGUGGCCACUGACACAUCAGACAAGGCGUGAACAUGCAGGAGGCCCCGGAGGCGGGCUCCUCCCGGACAGGGCCCCCCAGGGGACGGCA